GGGUUAUAUCUUGAGGCUGAAAGUUUGGCUCAGAAUGGAUUUUUAGCUCAUGAAACACACAGCUAUGGUCAAAAAAGAAGGAGAGGUUGAUUUAGAGUCUCUCUGAACGGAUAUUAGUUGCUCUUUCUGCACAUGUUCUGAUCCCCAUCUUCCAGCUGUCUCAUCUCCAACGCUCUUGGUGACAACGUGAUUUGAAACAAGAGGAACUUUGGAGGAGUCACUAAUCGCGUCCAACGCUAAAGAUCCAGGAACGAAAUGGACGUUCCCUUCAAUCUGUCCCUCUCCAAUCUCUCACUUCCCGUCUCCCCAACAUCUCCACCUCUGGAUCUUCAACACCCCCUCCUGACCAUCAUCAUCAUCGCGUGUCUCUUCGCUGUGUUCGGGGGCUGUGUGAUUGUUCUGGCGAUGUGCUGCUCGACGGGAGGGUCGUGGGGUGUGGAUGGGGACGGCGGUCUCUCGGGGGGUCAGACUCCGUCCAGCGAGCCCCAGCUGAAGCUCUGGAAGCGCUUGGGCUCUAUGAGGCAGUCGUUCUCCUCCACGCCGGCGUUCAGAAGACCCGUUCAGCCAUACGUAGCCCAGAGCCGGAAGCAAUCAGGGUCAAUGCCGCCGGCAGAGUCAAAGACACACGACUCCUACACAUAUAUUACUAUACCGUCUCUGCUGCAGUAUGCCACCGAGAUUUGAGCUCUGUUGCUAAGAAGUCACCUUGCGGUCUCCUGCCUACAUAGACACCUGCCUUUUAAGUGACUGAAUCAAAGUGCACUUCAUAGGGAGAAACUCCAGCUACAGGAAACUAGACUCAAAUUGAUUCCAAAAAAAUGCAUAAC